CGCGCGUGGUCGGCAGGGAUGGCGGGGCGCGGGGCCAGGUUGGGGAAAUACAUGGUGCAGGGCGAGAGUGCUCAGAGGGGGAGACACAGACCCGCCGCUGCGGGAAACCAGCAGCCACAGUCAGGGUCCGGCGCUGCGAAGACGCCGGCCGGGGAGGCAGGAGAGGCCGGGGAGGCAGGAGAGUCGCUCUUCUGGAACUGGGAGCCCUGGGGUCUGGUUCUCGGGGCCCUGGAGCCCAGCCUCUUUUCACUUGCGGGGAUACAUGGCUCCUUUCCAAAUAAGUGUACUCAGUGGCUUAAAAUGGUGAUUUAAAGACCAAUAUUAAAAUAACCAUGUGGCACAGGACUGGGCAGGAGGCAAGAUGAGGGCGGUUCCAGCAGGCGGAGGUGCUGGAGACCCCACGCCCCGUGCUGGUUAACCCGUGCCAGGGUCCUGUGGCCCCCCUGCCCCAGUGGAGGAGUCUGCAGUGGGCCUGCGGAGGUGAAGGGGGACAGUGGGCCUUGGCCAGCAAGGCCCCAGGACCCAAGACGCUCGCCUGUGUGCCUGGUCAGACGGCAGCAUGAAAACCACAGUCCUCAAAGCACAGAGGGACAGGCAGGGUGGGGGGGGCGCUUAGGCCCCGGGGUCCUGCAGUUCUCUCUCAGCUGUAUCUCUUCACCUGCUUAGAGGGGCUGGGGGAGUAGAGGCCCAGUCCCUGCCACCAAGGCAGCCAAGGUCAGGCCCCUUGCGGUGCAGCUGGAUGGGGGACACGGGUGCUGCAGCGCUGAGAACAGCCCCUCCCUGAAACAUAAAUAUCUCCACCUGCCUAAAAUCCCACCACAGGUGCUCCAAACCUAGGCAGCCCCUGAAAGCCCUGUCCCCACCUCCUGAGAGGGGGAGGGGCCGCCGCCCCCAUUCACCCCUCCCCUCCCCGGCAGUGGGCCCAGCCGCCACCUCUGCCCACACGUGUCACGCAGGGAGUUCCCACGAUGCCGCCCCGCCAGUAGCUGGGUUGGGAGAUAAGCGUGUUAUGACCCCUCGGUGGCCCCUCCACUCCAGCCCUGAGAGGACUCUUAUCUGCCCCUGAACUGCUGUGACUUUCCCGCCAGCCCUCUGGGCGGUGGCUCCUGUAAACCACAUCCUUGGACAAACAGCACCCCCAGGACUGAGUGGGUACCGCGCAGGAGGCCCCGGGCUCUGCCCUGGGUGGCUGGGUUCAGACUCCGGAGGGCGGGGCGAGACCUCGGGGCCCAACACAGACUCUUGAAGAACAAGUAAUCGGACGGACGCGGCAUCGCAGUGGGGCCUCGGCCCCGACCACUCCUCCCCCUUGAUGCAGGUGUGCAGACCCUCCCACUCUCUGGCUAUCCCCCCAGCCACCCUGGGGUUCCACUCCCACCUCUGCCCCCAAAUGGGGCCUCUGGUCUUUCCCAUCCGGGCCACGGAUGUGGCAGAACUUUCAGGGAGGCUCUGGAGGGAAGUCCCAAAGUGAGACUGAACGUGGGAGGUGCCUGGAUGGAGCUCCCCCCACCCCCUGCCCCGGGCUUUGGGAGACAGCAGGCCCAGGCCAGCUCAGCCUUGCAGCCCCGUCAGAGGGACCCCCCGCAGCCUCUCAGGCCUCCCCUCCGGGACGGAGAACACUCAGGGCUGCGGUGUUCUUUCCCCACGUUGCCCCUCAGGCACCCACUUGUUCAUUUUGAAGAUGUGAGAACUGAGGUUCUGAGUAAUUUUAAAAACAGCAGCGCACUCUUAGUUAACUGUACGUGGGACACGAGGGUAGUCAUCUAAAGGGAACGUUUACCUUCACACCGGCCCCAUGAGGCAGGUCCCGCUGGCCCUGGAGUGUGGAUGGAGGCGUGGCGAGGCCAGGCGGCCACCCACCGCACCGGGCCAGCACCUGGCCGGGAUCCAGGUGGUGGGGCUCCAGGGGACAGAACCAGGACCCCCGUCCCUGCAGCAGGAAGGGCACACCUGGCUGCUAAUUGUGUCCUGAUGCCUGGCAGCCCUCCAGUCCUCGGCCACACACACCCCCGCCCCGCCCCCAGCGGCCUUGCGCCUGCUUUCCACACAACAUGGGGCUACUCUGCGCCCAGCUGGCUCCCGUGGGGACCAGACCCAUCUCCUGGCAGACAGGAUGUCCCGGGAUGGGACUCGGAGACCAGCCCCUCCCUCGGACCCCCAUCCUUGCCCACACUCCAGGGUCCUGGGAGCCAUGGCACUGGGCCCCAGAGCCGAGGGGUCGCACGCUGCCUGUUCCCCCGCCCCUCCCCCAACACAACUGGCCAGGCUCCUGAGCUUCUGCCUCCCACAGGGGCCCAGAGUCCAAGCUUCCCGCUCCAGCCACUCAAUGCCCCAGCCCACCUGUCCCGCACCCGGAGCCCUGCUCCUGGGAGGCUGGAAGCUUGCAAGAGCCCCACACAAUUGUAACUAUCUGUGAGCCUCUGAUUACAGUACAACUCCCCGAAUUAGCCGCUCAGGUAAUGCUCAUCUGGGGGAACCUAUGACUCAGCAAUCUUCGGAGUAAAUGAUUUAACCGCACACCCAGCACAGCCGAGCAGUCAGAUGCUAGGCACAGGGCACUGCCCGCCGGUCAGUGCAAGGCCAGCUCCGUGCCUGAGCCCACCACCCGCACGCCCAACCCGCUAACUGAGCCCAAGGCCCCGGGGACAGACAAGCUAGGUCCGCACUCUCUGCCGAGCCCGCGAGGGGCCCCCUCAGGUUUUCUCGGGGGGCGGGCCGGUGCCCCACGAUGGCAGCGUCCCCUGAGUGCACACAGCAGGGCAGGGGGCUGGCGCUGGUUCGCCGGCGGCCCCCCGCACCCCCAGGCCUGCGAGAGGCUCUGAAGGCCCGGCUGUGGCGGAGCUGUUCGUGCAGCGUGCAGGGGGCCUGGGCGCUGCUGCAGAACCUGCUCCCCGCCACGCGCUGGCUCCGCCAGUACCAGCCUCGGGAGGACCUGGCGGGUGACGUCAUAUCCGGGCUGGUCAUCGGCAUCAUCUUGGUGCCCCAGGCCAUCGCCUACUCACUGCUGGCCGGGCUGCAGCCCAUCUACAGCCUCUACACGUCCUUCUUUGCGAACCUCAUCUACUUCCUCAUGGGCACCUCACGCCACGUCUCCGUGGGUAUCUUCAGCCUGCUCUGCCUCAUGGUGGGCCAGGUGGUAGACCGCGAGCUCCUGCAGGCCGGCUUCGACCCCGCCCAGGACGGCCCGGGGCCCAGGGCCAACCGCAGCGCCCUCAACGCCUCGGCCACCAUGCCGGCGCUUGGGCUGCAGGACUGCAGCCGGGACUGCUACGCCAUCCGCGUGGCCACCGCCCUCACGCUGCUGGCUGGGGUUUACCAGGUGAGGAGCCGGGCCUGGGCCUAGACAGGCUGGCUCAGCCACUCAGAGCAGCCCUCCAGGUACUGGUCGCCCCCCUGCAAGGGCCAAGCCCGCGGGAGACAGGAGGUCAGGGCAGUGGCUUAACCCGCAAGGCGAGGAGAGAACAGGGCAUAGGCAGAAGUGGGUGCGUGACAACACCCCAGGUCGGGGCACCAGAGGGGCUGAGGGUGCCCGGGGUCGGGGGCCUGCCUGGCCAGCUGCAGAGUGUGGCCUCGGGCCCAAAUGUGCCCCCACUUGGCCUGCACAUCCUCCCCAGCUUCCUGUCCCAAGUGGGAUCCUGGGAACUGCCUUCCCGCCUGCCUUCCCACGGCCUCCCCGCACCCAGCCCUCACUGGACCAGGGCUGUCCACCCCAACGUCGCCCCCUCCCAAGAGCCACCUCAGGUUCUUCCUCUCAGCUCCAGGUCCCCCGGGAGGGGGGCGGUGCUGUGGACAGGGCCGAGGAAGGAGCUGCCUUCCGAUGCCCAGGGCCCGCGUGUGUGAGACCACGGUGAGCGUCGUGGCCACAGCGUGCACUCCGGCGUCUGCCGUGCCUGUGCGCGCACACGUAUGUGCAGGCGGCCGCGGGUGGGGUCCACGUGGGAAAUAAGCAAUGCGAGGAAGGGAGGUCCGGCUCUGUGCUAUGCCCGCGCCCUGCGGCCCUGACCACGCUCUGUCUGCAGGUCCU